AGUAAUAGUCAGCAAAGAAUCUGAAAACAUUGAAUAUGAAGCUCUUUAUAUUAUUAGCAUGUGUAUUGGCAGUUACUGUCGCUCAGAAAGAGAAGAAGCCUAAGGAUGACAAAAAGAAUCCAAUCUGUUCAAAGAAAUUGUCAAUUAAGCCAGAAGAUUGUUGCCCAAACAUGCCAAGCUUCAAACAAUAUUUCCCUGGAUGUGCAGCUCAAUGUAAUGUCACUUUACCAUCUGACAAUGAAUCAGCACCAGCAUCAGGUAAACAAGGAAGAGGCAAUAAGAAUGGAAAAGAUAAUAAGAUGAAGUGUAUGAUGCCAUGUGUCUUGAAAGCUGCUAAUGUUUUGGGAGUUGACGGAAAUGUCUCAGCUGAUGCAUUAAAUGCAGCAUUGUUGAACGGAGUCACUCCAGAUUGGGCUCAGAUUGUUCCAAAUGUAGUUUCAAGUUGCAUCGAUAAUGUUACAGCAAUGGCAAAAUCAAAGCAAAACAGAGAAAAGUCAUCUGAAGAAGAAAGUGAACGUAAUGGAACCUGUUUCAAUAAAAUAGUAAUGAAAUGUAUCUUCAAGAACUUGUAUCUUGCAUGUCCAUCAAAUAUUAUCUCCACAAACAGCAGCUGUUCAGAUUUAACUGCAAAAAUAGCUCAAUGUCCAUGCAAACAUGGCGAACAUGGAAGUGACGAAAAAGGUGAAAGUAGUGGAAACAAAGGUGGCAAAUCAAGUAAAAAGGAAGCUAAAGGAAGCGAAAAGAAGAGCCAGAAAGAGCAAGAAGGAAGUAACGGGGGUAAAAAUGAAAAGAACAAGAAGCAAGAAAGCAAAAAAGAUGGCAAAGGUAAAGGAAAAGGAAAAACCACAGAAGAACCAGCAACAGCUCAAGCUUUCGGAAAGUAAAUUUGAUACAACUUCAAUUACAGCAUAUUAUGAAAUCAUUAUUAUGGCUUACUACUUGCUAAAAUUUGAAAUGCUAUAUUUUUGAAUUUUAAAUAAAUUAAAUUUCUAUCAA